AUGCAUAUCAAAUUCCACUCUCUUCUUUUGGCGACUGUGCUUCGCUUGGCCUCUGCAAAGGACUCUCGAACCUUUGCUGUCAACCACUUCUACGGCCAAGGCCCUCUGACUGAGGGUCGCAUGGAUCCAAUCGUUAAUCCUGGCGUCCCAGCUAGCCAUGUGCAUGCUAUUCAGGGCGGCAGUAACUUCAACUUGACAAUGGGCAAUGUGGACCUGAUGGACUCGCAUUGCACUUCGUCCUUGGUUGAUGCGGACAAGAGCAACUAUUGGACGCCGUCCCUUUACUUCCAGGAUCCCACCAAUGGAAGCUUCAUCGCGGUCCCAUUUUUCUACAUGAAUGUUUACUACUUUUUUGAACCUACCGACGAUGAGAUCAAACCAUUCCCCGUUGGACUCCGCAUGAUGAGCGGCGACAAAGACCUGAGAACACCGCCAACAGGCGGAGCCGCAAACGUGCUGGAUAAAAACCAAGGAAAAAUACAACCUGUUCAAUGGACAUGCCCUCGAACUUCAUACGACACUCCUUCAUACCCCACUGAUUCCGACGGGCUUCACGGCGUUGGAAUCCAAGACCCCAACAACAAGGGAGCUGGUGCUGGUUUUCCAGACGCGAACUGCGAUGGAUAUGCGUCUCCAUUGCGCGCGGAUAUUCACUUUCCUUCAUGUUAUAACCCGAAGGCUGGCUUGACCGAUUACAAGAAUAACAUGGCGUUCCCAAGUGGAAAGGGAACGACUGAUGGAAAGGCCAAUUGCCCCGAAGGAUGGAUUCAUCUUCCGCAUAUCUUCUACGAGGUAUACUGGAAUACUCCCCUUUUUGCGGACCUGUGGGAGCAGAACAAGGGCACGCAGCCUUUUAUUCUGGCAAAUGGUGAUCGUACUGGAUAUUCCCUUCAUGGCGAUUUUAUUGCUGGCUGGGACGAAGACGUCUUGCAGAAGAUCAUCAACAAUUGCGAUGCUGGCGAUAGCGGGAUGGACAAGUGUGCCGAUGCUGGAACAAUCAAUGAUUCGUCUCAGACCUGCAACAUCAAGAACCUGGUACCAGAGACCAUUUCCGGAGUCCUUGAAAAGCUCCCAGGAAACAAUCCACCGUCAGGAUGGGGUCAAGGCGCAAGUAGCAGUUCAUCCAGUUCAUCAGAGGAUACCGGCUCAUUGACUACGGCGACGGCAACUGUAAAGUCUGCAGUCUACACCGACGCCCCGACAUCAGAGAAAAGCUCCGAUAACGAGAGCAAUAACGACGAAUGGUCAUACCUCGGCUGUUAUUCUGACAAACUCUCUGCUCGAGUGCUGAAUGGGGUUCAAUUCGCCGACCUUGGCAAAGUAACUUCAACGGGUUGCAUUAGUUACUGUGAAAAGGCCGGGUUCUCGAUGGCAGGUACUGAGUAUGCUGGCGAAUGUUUCUGUGGAAAUGAUCUAGGAGGCAGUUCGAAAAUUGCAGCUGAUCAGUGCAACAUGACAUGCGAUGGGGACGCAUCUCAGGUCUGUGGUGGAAGUUUGGCUUUGAGCGUGUAUGGAAAGGCCAGUGACACUUCGUCGAAGAAAUUACGGCGACACCUCUCCCAUCACCGCUUUGGUCGAUAUAGUCACAUGUAA